CCUGCGCGUCGUGUUACAGCUGGUGCGUCCCGUUGCGCGCGGCGCGGCACAUCCAACCCACGCGCGUAACGAGCGAUCUCCUCGUGUCACCAAACCUCUGGACAGACGAAGAUAAGUCUUCAACUUUGCGAGUGGGAGCGCUGACGUGUUUGUCUUUAGGAUGUCAGAGGAUCUGUGACAGAAGAGGACUCCGGGGACGCGCGCACAGCUUGCGCAAACCGAUCCGGCAGCAGAGGCUCGUGUGACUGAUUCCAUGGAUUUGUGCUCGAGUCAUCACCUACACCGAAUGAUGUCACCUGUUUCCCCUUGACCUGCUUGGCCUACCUGUCCUCGAUCUCUUCACUUUCCUCUCAAACUUGAUCUGGACUGUCUGGUGGACGGUUUUGGACAUCAUGGGCUCGCAGACUGCGCAGAAACACACGCUCCUUUGGUUGGUUGUAGCAGUGACCCAGUGUCUGUCGGCGACAGCUUGCGCACCUGAAUACGAAUACGCCAUUGAGGAGUUCUGCCUCGCCAAAUUCAGACUGGACAUGGAGGAGUUAGAGCAGAGGCGCUGGUGUAGCUGGGAGGACACUGUCGAACCGUACGGUGAGCUGACCAACUGCACGUACCUGGUUGCUCUGAAGAUGGACUGCUUUUGGCCCAACAGGCUGGUGGACGAGUUCUUCAUUAGAGUCCACAAGCACUACUUUCACGACUGCUCGCUGUCUGGUCGGCUUCUCAGAGACCCACCCAACCGCAUCCUGGGGCCCUUCAUUGUGGUGCCUGUUUUGGUCACCCUCCUCAUGACUGCUCUGGUGGUGUGGAGGAGCAAACGCAGUGAGAGAAUUGUGUAGUGAAGAAAAGCAAGUAGAGCAAGGUCACAAAAAUCAAGAUGAUUCCUAAAUUUGCAGCGUAUUCAGCCUCAGUGACCAAAAACACCCAUUUUUCUUGAAAUCUUUUAGUUUGGAACCAUGUGUCUUCAAGACCAGGGUCAUUUUGGACUUCAACAAAGCUUUGAACAACCUUGAGAUCAUAACAUACAAUGAUGACUUAGGUCAACCUCGAACGUUACAGUCUGCUAUCAGCAGGCCCUAUCAAUGUCACAACAGCCCUCAUCAUGGACACAGACAGUGACCUUCGGAAAGACACUACAUUCAGAAACAUCUUCACUGUUACUACUAUUUCAGGUGAUGUACUGCACAAAGAGCAUACAGCAGCACAGCAGCAAAAUGCUACACAUGCACAAGCGAUCAUGAAGACCAGGAUGGAAUACAUGGAAAAUCAGACUCACUUCUGCUGAGGAGUCUUCUGAUAUCAAAGAUUUUAAGAGUAUAUAUUAUAUUGUACAGGAACUUGGUGUAUUUAAAGAAAACACUUUUGACUGUGUUCUACAGAAGUCCAGUAAGGCCUGCAGCUAUGUGUUUUUCUUUGUCAGUAUCUUUGGAUGUUUGUUGUUUUAAACACAAAGACAGGAAAAAAAAUCUAUACAGGUUUUUGCAAUGGCAUAUUAGGACCAUUGUAGUUUUAGAAA